AUGGCGGACCGUGAGCAACCCGUGACCCUGCGCACGCGCAAGUUCAUUCGCAACCCCCUCCUCGGCCGCAAGCAAAUGGUCGUUGAUAUCCUCCACCCAAACCGAGCCAACAUCUCCAAGGAUGAACUUCGAGGCAAGCUCGCCGAAAUGUACAAGGCCAACAAGGACCAAGUCAACGUUUUCGGUCUCCAGACUCAGUACGGUGGUGGAAAGACAACUGGUUUCGCCCUCGUGUACGACUCGCCAGAAGCCUUGAAGAAGUUCGAGCCCCAUUACAGACUGGUUCGUGUUGGAUUCGCCAGCAAGAUUGAGAAGCCCAGCAGACAACAGCGCAAACAGCGCAAGAACAGACAAAAGACACUGCGUGGUACGGCGAAGGUCAAGGGUCCAAGCAAGAAGAAGGAGAAAUAG